AUGGACGUAGUCGCUGUAAGGCAGAAGGAGGAAACAACACUACUGCUGCUGCCCGACGGAUUCCGAGAAGUUGCUACGAUAUUAAAAGCGCAGGGCCAAGUCGAGAGGAAAGUGUACUGGAAAAUAAUUGAAGUAAUCAUGUGGUUGGAUACGGCAGGAGCGAAUGCGUGUAUACUCGCCGGUCCUACAUGUGCUGUUUCGCCACCGAAAAAGGAGUGGUGUAAACUGGCAUCGGAAAUAGCAACAGCUGCUCGUGAUGGAAUGGAGAUUCUGUUGAUCGUGCCGCUCCGUGGAGAGCCAGCAUAUGCACAGAAUAGGAUGGAGCUGACCCAGGCCGUUGAACUUGCAAGGAAGUCGGUAGAGCUUAUGUCGCGAAAUAUUGUCGGCCUGAUACCGAUGAUAGAAAGCGCAUGCGAACUUUUACAUGGGCAGUCAGCACAUCGAAGCACUGCAAUGCUGACGUUUAUUCAGCAGAAACAGUGA